CGCUUGAUUUUCGAUUAGAAAAACUUCAAAUAUUGUCGCUUGAUAACGAUGAAAAUCAGCGAUCUGAAACGUUUAUCUUUAAAAGGCUGAGUAGGCUAUCCCUGAUUCACCAAGAUGGUCAAGGAAGAUAAACAAACCUGGAAGUCUAAAUACUUCAUGAGACUUGUACAAUUAUUUGAUGAAUAUCCCAAGUGUUUCAUCGUCAAUGCUGACAAUGUUGGUUCCAAACAGAUGCAGAGCAUCCGUAUUGCUCUUAGAGGCAAGGGAGUUGUGUUGAUGGGCAAGAACACCAUGAUGAGGAAAGCCAUCAGAGGCCAUCUUGAAAACAACUCCACCUUAGAAAAGAUUCUUCCAAAGAUUCGAGGUAAUAUUGGAUUUGUCUUCACCAAGGAUGAUUUGGUUGAAGUAAGAGCAAUCCUGUUGGAGAGCAAAGUAAAAGCUCCAGCCAAAGCAGGAGCCCUUGCUCCAUUGGAUGUCAAAGUUCCAGCUCAGCAAACAGCCCUGGGUCCAGAGAAGACCUCUUUCUUUCAAGCUUUACAAAUUCCCACCAAAAUUACCAAGGGUACCAUUGAAAUCUUGAAUGAAGUGAACUUGAUUAAGGAAGGAGAAAAGGUGGGAGCUUCUGAAGCCACGCUUCUGAACAUGUUGAACAUCUCACCCUUCUCAUAUGGUCUGGUGAUUGAAAAUGUGUACGAUUCAGGAACUAUCUUCAGCCCUAAGAUUCUGGAUAUUACUGAUAAUUAUUUGAAGGGAGUCUUCAUGGAGGGAGUAAGAAAUAUCGCCAGUAUUUCAUUGGUUGUAGGAUAUCCUACUGCUGCUUCAGUACCACACUCUAUUGCUAAUGGAUUUAAAAAUCUACUGGCUCUAGCUUGUGUUACUGAGAUCUCUUUUACUGAGGCUGAAAAGACUAAGGAGUACUUGAAAGAUCCUUCUAAGUUUGCUGUAGCAGCUGCCCCAGCUGCGGCUGCUGCUUCCAGUGCUGCCCCUGCCAAGGUAGAAGCGAAGAAAGAGGAAUCAGAGGAGUCCGAUGAUGAUAUGGGAUUCGGUCUGUUUGAUUAAACAGUUGACCAACUUCGACAAUCCACGAUAUUUACAAGCCAGAGAUCUCGUGCUCUAGAUGGCUGUAGAUUCUAUGAAUAAAAAAUUGUCUUGAGAUUU